UACGCUCCGUCAAGCGCCAUCUUAAACUGGGUGAUUAUUUUCCUGCCACGUUCGUAACGUGGGACGAAAAACUUGGCAAAAUAAAGUUAAUUACGAAACGGAAAUCUAAAAUUGUUCACGCCGGAACGAUUUUGCAACUGGUUGUGGUCGCGGUCCGGAUCUGGUCGGUUGUUACGAAAGCGACGAGUCUUAUCCAACGGGUUAUCGGUAUCGCGAUAACGUCCCUGACGCUGAUCCCAUUUCUGCUACGAUUCGAACUAUCAGGGGAUUAUGUGCCGGCACAAUUUCUGAAUUUCAUCUUUACCUCGAAAGACCUUGCAUACACUCGGAAGGAGAGGAUGUUACUGAACUUCCUCUUCGCCUCUUUAUAGAAGCCCUGAUCGUUGUAAGCCUCACACAGUUCCCGAUUUUCGGGGUCUUGCCCUUCGCUGUCCCCUGUCAACCGAAGGUAGUCAGCUCGAUCCUCCGUCGAGAGCAGGCUGUCCUCGAAUUUUGUCCCUUUUACAAGACAUGCACCCUCAUCUUCUUGGCAAUUGUGGAGUCCGUCGUCAGCAUGCAGGUCGGUCUGGGUGCGACGUACUACGUUAUCAUCGAGCUCUUAACCGGGGUCAUCUUCCUGUGGAUCGAAUGUCAAGUUUUUAUCCGGAAGUGUGAAGCGGGAUUAACCUCUCAAAUUGAGUACAGGAAAGUGCAAAUGUUCGAAAAGAUCUUGAAUGCCUGCACGCGAAAUACAAUUUUUUUGAAGACGGCCCUCCUCACGCCGUCGUUGCAAAUCUUCGUGUCCUUCGCGGUCAUCACGAUGCACCUGUCGAAUCAGGUUGAUUCCCUUGUAACGGCCAUGUUCUUGCUGAUAUAUCUUUUCGACUUGGCAUUUACUUUGCAAAUCUUCUCUUCAGCUGCAAAAGUUAACACCGCGAGCAGGAAGUGGAUCAAGUCGUGCAAAGGGAAGAAUACGAAGAAAAUUGAGAGAAAGAUUCACAAAUCGCUGGCCCCGCUGAGGUUAAUGUUUGGUAACAACUUUGUCGAAGUGUUGACACCGUUGGUAGUACAGGAAUUCUGCGUGACACAGAUGAUCUCAUUUCUGCUAAUAAUGAGGAAAUAGAUUGGCUGUUUUAAGAAUUGAAUUAUAGCAUCUGCUUUGUAAAUACCUAAAUGAGUACAUAGUAUCAUAUUUUCGAAGUGUAUUAAUCGCGUAUCUGCAUGUACAUAUUAAUAAACAUAGUCUGUGGUCAAUAGCUAUCAAAAAAAUUAUCGCAAAUGUUAUGUACACAAUAUGAACUUCCUAACUAAAUUUCAGAACUAAUACAUGUUGUCACUAACCACGUGGUCCAAAUGGGCGAAUAUGUAUGUG